UUGGAUCAGCCCAAAGCUAGGCUCAGGCUCCGACGGUGGCCGGUGGGGGUCACGAGGCUUCGGAGUGAAGGGAAGGGUUUGGCUUGUGGGACUCAGCCGCCUCUGUGCUGGGGAGUCGUGGAGCGGCCGGGCUCCAGAGACAUGGCGGCGGCCUCUGCGGUGUCGGUCCUGCUGGUGGCGGCGGAGAGGAACCGGUGGCAUCGUCUCCCGAGCCUGCUCCUGCCGCCCAGGACAUGGGUGUGGAGGCAAAGAACCAUGAAGUACACAACAACCACAGGAAGAAACAUUACCAAGGUCCUCAUUGCAAACAGAGGAGAAAUUGCCUGCAGGGUGAUGCGCACAGCCAGAAAACUGGGUGUACAGUCUGUGGCAGUUUAUAGUGAGGCUGACAGGAAUUCCAUGCAUGUAGAUAUGGCGGAUGAAGCAUAUUCCAUCGGUCCCGCUCCCUCCCAGCAGAGCUACUUAUCUAUGGAGAAAAUCAUUCAAGUGGCCAAGACCUCUGCUGCACAGGCUAUCCAUCCAGGAUAUGGUUUUCUUUCAGAAAACAUGGAAUUUGCUGAACUUUGUAAGCAAGAAGGAAUUAUUUUUAUAGGCCCUCCUCCAUCUGCAAUUAGAGACAUGGGUAUAAAGAGCACAUCCAAAUCCAUAAUGGCUGCUGCUGGAGUACCUGUUGUGGAGGGUUAUCAUGGUGAGGACCAAUCAGAUCGGUGCCUGAAGGAACACGCUGGGAGAAUUGGCUAUCCUGUCAUGAUUAAAGCCGUCCGGGGUGGAGGAGGAAAAGGAAUGAGGAUCGUUAGAUCGGAGCAAGAAUUUCAAGAACAGUUAGAAUCAGCGCGGAGAGAAGCUAAGAAGUCUUUCAAUGAUGAUGCUGUGCUGAUCGAGAAGUUUGUAGAUACACCGAGGCAUGUAGAAGUCCAGGUGUUUGGUGACCACCAUGGCAAUGCUGUGUACUUGUUUGAAAGAGACUGUAGUGUGCAGAGACGACAUCAGAAGAUCAUUGAGGAGGCCCCAGCGCCUGGUAUUAAACCUGAAGUAAGAAAAAAGCUGGGAGAAGCUGCAGUCAGAGCUGCUAAAGCUGUAAAUUAUGUUGGAGCAGGGACUGUGGAGUUUAUUAUGGACUCGAAACAUAAUUUCUAUUUCAUGGAGAUGAAUACAAGGCUGCAAGUGGAACAUCCUGUUACUGAGAUGAUCACAGGAACUGACUUGGUGGAGUGGCAGCUUAGAGUGCGAAUAUUUUUUCUAUUAAAGAUCAGCCUUGGCUGGGUGCGGUGUCUUACGCCUGUAGUCCCAACACUUUGGCAGGCCAAGAUUGCAGCAGGAGAGAAGAUUCCUUUGAGCCAGGAAGAAAUAACUCUGCAGGGCCAUGCCUUCGAAGCUAGAAUAUAUGCAGAAGAUCCUAGCAAUAACUUCAUGCCUGGGGCUGGCCCAUUAGUGCACCUCUCUACCCCUCGAGCAGAUCCUUCCAUCAGGAUUGAAACUGGAGUACGGCAAGGAGAUGAAGUUUCCGUGCAUUACGACCCCAUGAUUGCAAAGCUGGUCGUGUGGGCUGCAGAUCGCCAGGCAGCAUUGACAAAACUGAGGUACAGCCUUCGUCAGUACAAUAUUGUUGGACUGCACACCAACAUUGACUUCUUACUCAAUCUGUCUGGCCACCCAGAGUUUGAAGCUGGGAACGUGCACACUGAUUUCAUCCCUCAACACCACAAAGAAUUGUUGCUUAGUCGGAAGGCUGCAGCCAAAGAGUCUUUAUGCCAGGCAGCCCUGGGUCUCAUCCUCAAGGAGAAAGCCAUGACCGAUGCUUUCACUCUUCAGGCACAUGAUCAAUUCUCUCCAUUUUCGUCUAGCAGUGGAAGAAGACUGAAUAUCUCUUAUACCAGAAACAUGACUCUUAAAGAUGGUAAAAACAACGUAGCCAUAGCUGUAACGUAUAACCAUGAUGGGUCUUAUAGCAUGCAGAUUGAAGAUAAAACUUUCCAGGUCCUUGGCGAUCUUUACAGCAAGGAAGACUGCACUUACCUGAAAUGUUCUGUUAAUGGAGUUGCUAGUAAAGCUAAGCUGAUUAUCCUGGAAAACACUAUUUACCUAUUUUCCAAGGAAGGAAGUAUUGAGAUUGACAUUCCAGUGCCCAAAUACUUAUCUUCUAUGAGCUCAGAAGGAACUCAGGGAGGCCCCCUAGCUCCUAUGACUGGAACCAUUGAAAAGGUGUUUGUCAAAGCUGGAGACAAAGUGAAAGCGGGAGAUGCCCUCAUGGUUAUGAUCGCCAUGAAGAUGGAGCAUACCAUAAAGGCUCCAAAGGAUGGCACAAUAAAGAAAGUGUUCUACAGAGAAGGUGCUCAGGCCGACAGACACACUCCUUUAGUGGAGUUUGAGGAGGAAGAGUCAGACAAAAGGGAAUCAGAAUAAACUCCAGCAAGGAAAUGGCCAAUUAAGUAGUGUCUUCUGUCUCCACCAAAAAGAGAAAGUGCCUCCUGCUUUUCUCGGGGUCUCGUAAAAAGCAGUUUUACUAAAUGAUUGUAUGUUUGUGCUGAAUGUCUUUCAUAUUUGAGAAUCAUGCAUUUGGAUCACAAAUAUAAUAAAUUAUCUCAAAAUAUUUCACACGAAUAAAGUUGAAUUAUUCUUUUUUAUUGGAAACCAA